AGAUAGAUAGAUAGAUAGAUAGAUAGAUGGAUAGAUAGAAAGAUUAAACCUUUGUUGAUCCCACAGUGUGGAAAUUUUCCGUGCUACAAAAGCAUAUAGAAAAAAAUCACUACAAAGAGAAGAGCAGCACACAGUGCACAGACAUAAAUAGGUACUUUCUCCUUAUUGAAGAAAUGUAAAUAUUUACAGAAAAAAUCUGUGAAAUUGCCUAUAGUGUCUUUAUUUACAUUUUUAUCCCACAGUUAGUAGACGAAUUGAACUAAUACAGAUUUACCUGACUAGAUUGCAUAUUAUUUAUAAUGUAAAUCAGCCUGACUAGCUGAAAUGCUAAGGUUAAGAAUUUACAAUUUUACUCUAAUGACUUACAUUAAGGUUAAGAAUCUACUAAUGUAUGCAUGGAAAACCCAACAAAUCCAAAGAUUCCUUGAGAGAAACAAUAGAGGAGAAGCUCCCCUUUAACAUAAAGAAACCUCCAGCAGAACCAGGCUCAGGGAGGAUGGCCGUCUGCCUCCCCCAGCUGGAGUGAGGGUAAAGAGGUCAGACAGCAGGAGAGCAGAGACAAACAGACAAACAAACAGGAGAUCAUAAAAACUGUACAGAUGGGUGGAACCAGCAGCUGCAGAUCAGAGCCGUGCAGCUCCACAACCAGAAAUACAUGCAGAGAAGCACAGUGAGGUAAAAACACAAACUGUACAAGAGAGGAGACACAAAGUGAAUAACAUGUAAUAGUGCAUAUAAAAGCAAGGUAACGUGUAGGUAAAGGUAAAGCAUAUUGGCUAGAUUUUAAAAUGUAUUUAUAAAUACCAUUAAAGCUUUUGCAUCUUAAUAAGCAAUAAUAGAUAAUCUUCAAAUUCAAGCCUUUACUCUGAGACAGCCAGAAGGGCUCCACCACUACCCCUUUACCCCACCUUAGGAUUUAGGGCUACAAACUCGGUCAUAUGGCAUAAACGUCUCUGUGUCUGUGUAGCUUAUGGCCAGACUCUGAACAGCUUUAAAAGUAAUCAAUAAAGUCUUAAAAUUAAUUUUAAAAUGAACAGGAAGCUGAUGGAAAGAAAUCUCUAUUGGGGUGAUGUGAUAACUUCUGUUGACACCAGCAAUUAUGAACUUACAACACCUGUAAUAGCUUAGAAUUAUAAUUAUUGUUGCAUUUUAUAAUAUUAUCAUCAUACAUUUUAUUAUUAUAUUAUACACUGAUGCCACAUUUGUUCCUUGAACCAAAGCACAUCACACUGUAAAUACAAUAAUUAUAGUCACAGGCUGCUUUGAGCAUUUUUGGGUUUACUUUAUAAAACAAAAACAGUUCACAUAGCUGAAACUGGAUCAUUAGUUGUGCAGUUCAGUUCUUUUGGAUAUAAAGCAACAUUGUAUAAUUUCAUUUUUUAAAGUUGCUGCUAAGUUUGUUUGAAUUCAUCUCAUUCUCACAGAUAAGAAAGUGUUUCAAUAAAUUUUUCUGUGUACCGCACCCUUGUGUGAGGAUGCUGGCACCUACAAUUUGCUUUCACUGGUGCUAAUUAAUCAAAACUGAGGACCGUAUGACGAAAAUAUACAUCAUAAUUUAUUACAACACAGCAUAAGCAACAAAUAUGUGAAAUUAGAAGUGCAUAGGGCUAUUGUAGUUUGAUAUUUGAUAAAAAUAUCUUCUAAACUUUUUUCUAUUUUACUACAUCUGAGUGUAAAGGCCGUUUAAGGGCAUUUAGAAACUUAAUCAGAAUUUUCUGUCACUACCCAAAAAAAAACAAACUUGCUAUCAAUGACAAAAAGCUAAAUAAGGAAAACUAAUGCAUGCGUCUACAUGUGACGGUGAAAAUGUCUUCUUCAGUUUAAACUCGUAACCAUUGUUGUGUGAUGUUCAUGUGCAAUGCAACAGAAAUUAAUUUUACAAAAGUGAGAGAAAUAGUCUCAAAAGAUACAGUUGAACAGGGUUAAAUCAAAUAAAUGCAGCUUUUUUUUGGAUUGCACAUGUCACAUCCAAGAGCUAUUCAAAGUGUUUUACAUAAUAACCUACGGAUGUGGCAAAAAGCAGCAUUAAGCACUAAAACAUAAAUGACAGGAGUAUAAAAAACUUAAAAUAAAACUAUAAAAGCUAAACAUUAAUCUAAAAUAGUUAAAGAUGUGAGUGCAAAGUGAAAAACAACGAGCACCAACUGUCCUUUUAGCUUUUGCCGCAGUCACUAUGGAUGGGAUGAUGGGAGAAUAAGCUGAUGCAACUUCUUUCUCUGGUAAACUAAAACAGGUCCUGUGAUCAUAGACGGUCUUUACGCUGUGGUGUUGGUUUCCUUGGAUUUUUCUCAGUUUCAGAUUUUCUGCUUUGUUCUCACAGUAUGUGUAAGCUCAUGCUAACCUCAAUGUUUUCAUUUUAAGUAAAUGCUGGUAAACGUUGCGUCAAAAAAGAUAAAAAUGCAGAAUGCUUCCUCUGUGCAGAGGUGUGAUGAAUUUGCACUCUGACGUGAAACAAAUGCAAAAAAGGUUUUAUGAACUGGAAGGUGGAUCAUAAUUAAACACUUUCAGCCAAUAAAAGAAGAGAGAAAAAGAAGAAAAACAUUUUGUUGUGUUAAAAAUUGCUUUAAAGAUGCAUUGCUUUUAUGGGAAGAUAAAUCACAACCUAAACGAACAAAAACACUGCACCAGUGUCUCCUAAAAUACGUUAAAUGUGUUCAUUCAUCCAGAGAAGUCACAUAAACGUCACACAGCCAACAGUCUAGCUUGAUUCAAGGUUUGAAAAAAUAAAAUGUUACCGCUAAAUUUUCAUGCCUGUAACUUUAUGUUACAAUUAAACUAGAUAAACUAAACAAAUACACUCUUAAUUUUUUCCACCAAUCAUUGAUUUUUUUUUUUUUUUUGCAUGAAAAUAAUCCCCUCAUGUCAGAAAAUGACUUAGAUGUCACUCUAACCAUAGCUUCCCUCUUUAUCCACUGCAGCUGGAGCACACCAGCUCACCUUCGACUCUGCUCAAACACUGUAAGCCUGCUCUAUGCUACACAAAGGCAAGUUAGAAUAUUGGAGUAAUUUAGUCAUGCAUGAUGCAAGAAAAAGAAUGAUGAUGCAGAAAAUCCCACCCUACACGCUGACAGGAUUGGUUUUUAGGUUUGUUGCACAUGAAACCCUGAAAAUCUGAGUCUGUGUUUUUGAGCUGUCAUUGCUACAUCGUAGUUUGAAGGUGGACAUACUCUGCCAAGGUGUUAUAAUACACAGAAAAAAACACCAUAUGGCAGGUCAAUGAGGUGAAAAAAACAACAAACACAAACACUUGAUUUUUACUAGAGGGGUUUUUCAAAAUCUGUCAAAAUUUAGUCGUGUUCAAAGUCACUUGUCCUGCAGUCACACAUGGAGUGUAAUUAUUUAAACUUGCUUAUUUAAAUAUUAGUAAACCAAUCUUGAAGAACUCUUUUGCCUGUACACCAGCGUCAUGUCAAAUCGCGUCACGUCGCAUCAUGUCACUACUUUUGGAUGAAUUAUCCAAGAAAAAAACAGAAACUGGGAGCUGUAUGACAAGUGAGAGCUAUCUUAUAUGAAAGUUUGUCAAACUUUGAGAGCAGCAAAGAAAAAAAUCUAACAUACUUUGUUGGGAAAUUUCAAAUAUUGACUUUGAAGCUCAGAGAAAUCACCAGUUUAUUAUGUCUUUGUUAUGUCUUGUUAUGUCAGAAAGAGACAGACAAUGGAUCUUUUUACACAUACUUACCAAGAUGUUUAUCAUCCAUCAUUCAUUUCGGCAGCACAGCUCAUACUGAGUCACCACACCAGUGACUCUGAAUCCCUGUUACUUCAACACUUUUUCAAAAACUGAUUCAAAUUGCAAUAGUGUUUUAAAAGCCCUGCACUUGAGUAUGAAUGUAAUGUAAAAUUUUGUGAUGCUUUACUCAAAAUGUCAUCAUAAUUUUACUAAAAUUACAGCCAGCUAAACCUUUGAGCGGAGGUGUGUUUUCAACAUCCGUUUUCAAGAAGCAUGCUGGUAGCAUUUGUGUGGUUGUAUCUUGCAGACUAAUCAAGAUAUGUGGUUGUUUCCAAAAGUUCAGCUUCAAAGUUCUGACUGGCAAAACAACAUAAAGAUGCAUAAUUUCCGACAGAUAAACCACACCUAUUUUCUGGAAAAAAAAAAAUGCAGUUAAAGGUUAAUAAGCAUGCCAAAAAUACCUAUGAGGCUGUAUUUAAUUAUAGAACACAACAUUCUGUUUUGUACAAAAUAUCAUAAUUUAGCAGACUGCUGCACAAAUGAAGUGUUGAUGUUGCCAAAACAAUUAAAGUACAUAUUCAUUUCACUUCAGUCAAAUUAACUCACAUGUUCAAUGCUUUGUCAAGGACCAUCAUUAAAAUACAGAUUUAAAUGUUGAGUUAGAGUUGUGAUGAACAACUGAGUUAUGGCAUAAUUCCCAGAGAUAAAUUGCAUUACUGUCGGAAAUCAACAAAGAAGAAACUGUAUCUUAGAAAAGGCACAUGAGCUUGUACUGGAGAGGUUGUUUUUUUGUGUUGGAUACGAUUUUAGUGUGGUACAUGCUUGUUUUGUAAAAUCUGUAUUUUAAGUUUAUUUUGUUGUACAUAUUAAUACAACCUCACAAUUUAUCUUAAACCAUUUCAGUCAUGCAAACAGGAGCAGUGAAAAUGCUGCGUUUGAAACAAUACAAACAAACAAAUCAUUCAAGUUUAAGAUCUUCCAACUACAAACCAACAUCAUAAACGAGUAUACAGAGAGGCUGAUAUUAGCUUGAUUUAAAAAAGAAAUCCAGGAAACUUAUAUCUAGUAGACAGAAUGAUAAAUUAACUUUGCUUUUUGUUUUUAUUUUUGUUUUUGUUGUUCUCAUUUUAAGUGACCUUAUAAUGUACUAUAAUAGAUUCUAAGUUUGGGUUUUCCACUAGUGAGUAAUGCAGCUGUACCUUGUAUGUAGGGCGUGUGGGCUUUGCACCAUCUUUAAAAGCGUGGUGUUGCCUGGUUAGACUGUUUCUGUCUCACACUCGAUAUUGUUUCACACAGGAAACACUUGGUAGCAUUUUUCAGCAUUGAAAUUCUCAGCAUGGUUUUUCUCAAAGUGCUCUUACUUAUUCUGACAUUUAAUGAACUCAUUGUCGAUUUGGAUGCAAAAAUUUGUCCGAAAGGUUUUAAAGCAACUGGAGACAGCUGUGUCGCUUGCCGGAAAGGAUAUUACCAGGAUGAGGAAAGCAAUUCUAUAUUUUGCAAACCAUGUACACUGUGUGAAGACAAGCUGGGUAGCAUGGUGGAACAGGAAUGCACCCCAGUGACAGACAGAAAAUGCAAGUGCCGUGAAGGGUUUGUUUCCUGGGAGAACGAUCCUUCUAUUUGCAAAUGUAAGAGUGGAUUUGAAUCAAAAGGCGGUAAAGUUUGCUCAGAAUGUGCGGAUGGACAUUUCUCACAUGGCACGAAACCCUGCAAACGAUGGAAAGACUGCAAAUCAGCAGGAGUGAAAUCUAAUGGAACCAAGACCUCAGAUGUCAUCUGCAAUGAUGAGCUCAAGAGUAAUGUUCCGACCGCUCCACCCCGCACAUACACAAAAAUAAUUUCUGUCUUGCGCUCAACAACCCACCGUCCACCUGAGGGGGCCCAAACACUGAAAAUGCAAACCACAACCAUCGCAGCUGCUCCACCACUAGCCACUUUAAGGGGAAAAGAACAGCCCUCCAAUACAGGCAACCACAUUGGUAUUGCCCUCCUCCUGUUGGCAAUUAUUGGACUGGUUGUGCUGACUAUUGUGACCUGGAGGCUGAACAUCACACCUUGCUGGGAGAAGAAAACAGCAGUGCCAAAGCAGGACUCGUUCUGUGGGAGGCCAGUUGAGGAGAGCGGCGACGACAGUUCGUCCUCUCUCAAACUGAAUCCCGGGGAGCCCUAAGAUGAACCUUUCCUUGACACGAAUCUGUCUAUUAAUACUGUGAAUUUUUUUAGCUCAGAUAAUCGUCAUAUAAAUCAAUUCAAACUGUUCACUCACAUUUUCCUUAUAUUGUUAGUUUCAUACCAGAAAGACAUCUGAGAGGUAUUUACUGUAUCUGUAUUGCAACAGGAGUAUUCUUUAUCUGCAGUGUGGUCAAUAUUUGACUUUUGCUGUCUCAGGUGAGUUAUCUAAAAAUAUGCAUGUAUCAUACGUCACUUUCUUUUUUUAACUGUGAAACAAUUUAAGUACUAAAAUUUAGCUUUUACUACUUAAAGUGUUAUAUGCUGCCGUUCACAAGUUUGGGGUCACCCAGGCUAUUUCAUGUUUUCCAUGAAAACUCACACUUCUAUUCAUGUGCUAACAGAAUUGCUCAAGGAUUUUAUAAUCAUCAAUGAGCCUUUCGACACCAUUAGCUACCGCAAUGUAGCAUUAGAACACAGGAGUGAUGGUUGCUGGAAAUGUUCCUCUGUACCCCUAUGGAGAUAUUCCAUUAAAAAUCAGCUGUUUCCAGCUACAAUAGUCAUUUACCACAUUAACAGUGUGGUAAAGCUGUAUUUCUGAUUAAUUUAAUGUUAUCUUCAUUGAAAAAAAAGAGCUUUUCUUUCAAAAAUCAAUACAUUUCCAAGUGACCCUGAACUUUUGAACAGAAGUAUACAUUCUAAUAACGAUAUUUAUGUAUAUAUUUAACACGAAAGUUACUCUUUGUGUCAUUGUAAUAUUUAUCACAAAUAUGGAUCUGCAGAUUUUUGUACAAUGACCUGAGAAAUCAAGUCACUAAAUGCCUUGCUAAAAUGCACUUAUAUGUGAAUAUUCGUGCUGAUGUUGUUAAUCUUAGUAGAGAUUAAUGUGGCCUGUGACAACUCUGAGAAAAAUACUUUUUGAGCCAUAAAAUAGCAACGGUUAUUUCCCCAAUCCAAAUUAUUAGGAACUGCUAGAAAGCCUAAGAAAAACAUUUAAUUUUGUUCAUGCAGUUUUUCAGUCUCUGUUUCAGUCAUGUUUUUUUUUUUUUUUUUACUCCACUCUGUUCCACCAGUAGCAGGUCUGUUCACAGAACGCUUGAUGUUUUCAGAGGUAUAUGUGUGGUUGGGGGAGUUCCUGUGUGGAUUUAAAUGAGCCUGUUUUUAUUUCCACUGAAAGAUUCCUCCUCUCAUGUUUUCAUGUUGGCCUUUGGAAAGAUUGAUGUUGUAAAUGUGAGGACUUUCAUGUUUAUGCCUCACGGUGGAUCUUUCUCAGAUCAGUACUAUCAGAGGAGUUAUGAAUGCCUGCCCUCAUUACUUUCAGGCUUCACGCAACCUUCAAUCACGAGCAGCUUCCUUUAUACCUGCUCACUCUUUGUGGCUUGUACAGUUUACCUGAAAGAAGCUGCAACUAAAUGAAUGAAUUUCUCAUUUAAAAGCAGUGAUGAAGGAAAUAUUGAGCUCCAUUGUUUGAGUGAAAUACCAACACAGUAAUAUUAAAAUACUGUGAUACAGUUAAAAUCCUGGAUUUAGUCAUCAUUUACUACCUUUUAAUCAUUUCAAUACCUUUAAAUGUUACCAAUGAAAAGUACCCGAAAGUAAAAAAAUACCCGUACGUGUUUUUUAAAAAUGACUAAUGUAUAAUCACUUGUCAUAUAUGCAAGUUUUAUUCAUACAGACGCAACAGCAUUUUUUUUUUUGCUGUUCUAGUUGGUCACAGUUGAGCUUCUUGUACAACUAAACUAAUGAAUCUGAGUGUUUCUUGCAGAAAGUGUGCACACUGGAAACAGUCCCUGCAGAGACUUUCAGUAAAUGUCAGCGAUGCAGGAAGCUAGUGUGUGGUUUCAAAGAAAUAUACAGUGCAUGAACGCAACCUUCUCAAUGUAGGUGGGUUUUUGUGGAAAUAGCAGUGUGCAAAGAGGCUAAAUAACAUGCAUUCAUUGUACAUAUACAUAUUUUUAUAUUUUAAGAUUUUUUUUCAACUUAAACUUCUGUAUGUAUGUGUGCUAAUUCUACUAAUUACUGUUUUUUUCUUAUGACCAUGCUCUCUUUUAGCAACACUUGUGGUUGCCUGACAGACAACUAUUAUUGCAGUGAAACGAAAACAUCAUGUUGAUGAGUGUUAUAUUUUUUCUUUUUUUCUGAAGGUAUCAAAUUUAAUAAAAGUUUGAUUGGA